GUCGUCCACUGACCAGGUGUGUGUGUCACUUGCGUCUUUCAUGGAGUUUUUAUCACAUUUCAUGGAGUUUUUACACAUUUUAUUGUACAUAACUCUAGUGCUGCAGUGAUGAGGGUGAACGCUGUUUACAUUCGUCAUCGUCAGGAACGGCAUCCAUUCGGCGCUCUCGCGGUCGCCCCAUCUGAAGCACACACAAAUGGCACAGAAGCAGUACCAUGUAACAAUACGGCAAGCAGCGAGAAGACUGGUGAGGAAGAGUCUGCAUGCAAGGUGCCUCGCUUGGAGAAGACGGCUGAGUCUGCAUGCAAGGUGCCUCGCUUGGAGAAGACGGCUGAGUCUGCGCGCAAGGUGCCUCGCUUGGAGAAAACCGCUGAGUCUGCAUGCAAGGUGCCUCGCUUGGAGAAGACCGCUGAGUCUGCAUGCAAGGUGCCUCACUUGGAGAAGACAGCUGUCCAGCCCCUGCAAACGACAGCAGCAGUAUUGGGUAUGGCUUCCAUCCGCUCUACAAGAACAAUUAUUAAAGAAGUUUUCAAUAUCUUCAGAGGCAAAGUAGCCAACCAAAACCCACAGUCUGUCCCUGUAACACCAUCACAACUCUCAGAACCUUUGUCUCUUCCUGUGCAUAAGCUUUUCCUACGUAGUCAAGAUCCAAAGUUGUUCCCGACUCCUAGUGGAGUAUUAGAUAACAAAGAAAAUAUUCCUCCAGUAGAUGCCAACAUAUCUACGGCAGUUUCCUUACUGGAGAAGUUCCGAAAGGAGGCCAUCUUUAAGCAACUCUCAACCCUCCCAAGUCAGACUGAUCCAGGAUUAAGACUAAGAAAUGCCAGCACCAUACAAAAUUCCAUGCAUGGGAAAGGGAAAGCUGGGAGCAGCAGCAAGCACAGCUGUACCAACACUAGCCAGGAGGGAACACCUAAUGAAAGAAACAAACCUACAAAAAACACAACUCUUAGACGCAGUCGUCGAAAAGAAAACACUUCUGGCAAUGUAUUAGUCUCAAAGAAGCACUUGAGUUGUUUUUUUCAACUUGUUGAGGACCCAGUUGUAAGAAAGUUUUUAAAAGUCGACAUUUGCCGCCGCUAUGCUGACAAGUACCUGUUGGCUAUGGUCUUCACCUACUUUGUACGUGCUGGUCUAAAAUGUCAUCAGUAUUCAAAGGAGAACUUCUUUGCUGCAUUAUACCUUGCCCAUGAUAUGGAGGAAGAUGAAGAGGAGUUAAAGUAUGAAGUGUUUCCCUGGGCACUUGGACACAGGUGGCGUAAGACUUACCCGUCACUUUUACGGAAACGGGAUGAUAUCUUCUGGGCUAUUGACUGUCGAGCAGUUGUUUCCAAGAGGUGUUGUGACCAGGUGAUGGAAAUGCAGCCAGAUCACUGGAUGUGGGAGCGUGAAAGGCCAAUCUACCAUGGAGGUGCACACCGAGAGCAUCUCAGGCACCCUGUUGAUAAUGGUCAUCCUCGAGGUCCUGAUAAAUCACCUCUACAGUGUCAAAAGUGUCUGGAACGUGAAUGUGUUGAUUCUGAAAAUUCGUAUCUCCUCUAUUUGUCUGACACUGAUACUAGUAUAGAGUCAACAUGUUUAGCUGAUGGCAAGACAGUGGAGCACAAGGAGAGAGAUUCUGGGUUUGAGACAUUCCUGUGCCAGCCAUCUGACACAAGCAUUAACUCUCCUCAAGGUUCUGUAAACCAUGACAAAAUGGAUAUUCCAACAGAUAGGUUAAAUGAUAAUGGACAGGAUGAUACAAAAGCAGCUAAUUACACAGGCACCGUCCAAUGUUUUACAAACAACUGUGAGUCUUCUUCAGCUUGUGAUGUUUCAGGAAAUGGAAAUGUUAAAUUAUCUAAAGAAGAUGAUAUUGAGGACCAUGAAGCUCCAGUCUCACAAGCUGACACAAUAUUUACUUCACAAAUAUUAUCACAGUAACCCAAGAUUUUUUCACCCAACUUCUAUAAUUGAUAAUGGUAAAUAGGAAUUUUCUCUUUCCUUCAAUAUUGCUUACUGGAAAUGUUCUUUGACAUUGACAUAUUUGUUUAUUUUUAUAUGCAGUGCAGUACAUAUAUUUUUAAUGACUACAAAAACAAUAAUGCAUUUAGUUUACCAGGCUAAAAUAUAUAGACGUCAUUAAUUUAUAUGAGGCAUGGUGGAUAGUAAUGGUUAACUCAACAUCAUAGCUAUUGUAAAAACUGCCUUAAAAUGCUAUUUAUGUGAAAAAAUGUAAUAAAAACUUAAAUUAUUUUUCUCUUGCAAUUUGUAUCUGCAUGGCUAGUGCAAUUUUUGUUAAAUUCAGACAUGAAGUUCACCCUUACUGUCUUCAAUGCCUCGUAUGUAGCCACAGUUUUCAUAAAGAUAUGUUUGUUACAUUGGAAGGAUAUUAUUUUCCCAGUAUGUUUAUUAUUUUUAAUUCAUGCUAAGUGCUAAACUCAAGUGGAUCAUUCAGUGCAAGACAUGGUGGAAACUUGAUCCUCCAUCUGCUGAGUGCAAGACAAGGUGUGCUUCUUAUUUGUACUUGCCUAGAUGUCUUACCCAGUAUGUAAAUGUUGUACUUUAUUCACAAAGAAAGCACAUACAAUGUGUGUACAUAUAAGGUUUCAGUCAGUGUAGUAUUAUCUUGUAUAUGUUCACUGUAAAUUUGAUUACAAGUAGUUCUUUUACAAAUUUAGUGUAUAACUUAACAAGAGUGUGCAAUUUAGGAAUUACAGUAUAUACAGUAGAUAAAUUGUGUAUUAAGAUAAAUUAUUUUUGAAAAAAUUGUACUAUUAAAUUUUACUGUAUAUACAUUAGUACAUGUCUUGAAAUAUAUAGCAUUAUUAUAUCUAGGGAAAAGUGUUAAGCCUGUAGGUGUCACAUCUCUUGGAAAUAGGAGGCAGUCAGGUUUUAUCCAAAUGGGAGAAUAGGUCCAGUUCCUUGGAUCAAGGCACCUCUCUCUUAAGGGGUUCAAAAUCUUAAAUUCCACCAGAUAUGUGUUCCAAAAAAUGAGCUUCAUACAGUAGUAUACAUGAUUUUAUUAUGUAACCCUGUGUAACUUCCCUUUAGAAAAACCUUUCACGAAAGUAUAAUAUACAGUGGACCCCCGGUUUACGAUAUUAUUUCAUUCCAGAAGUAUGUUCAGGUGCCAUUACUGAACGAAUUUGUUCCCAUAAGGAAUAUUGUGAAUUAGAUUAGUCCAUUUCAGACCCCCAAACAUGCACGUACAAACGCACUUACAUAAAUACACUUACAUAAUUGGUCGCAUUGGGAGCUGAUCGUAAACCGGGGGUCCACUGUAUAUUAUAUAGUAUAGAAGAGUAUAUAGAAAUUAAAGAACUGUAAUAUAAUAAUAUUUACGUUUGAGUCUUACUGUGUACAGUGGAACCUCGGUACUCGGACUUAAAUUCAUUCCAGAAGACUAUUCAAAUAUUGAACGAAUUCUUCCCAACCAUUUUCUUUUUUGUUUGCUGUUAUCACAAAUCUUCGUAGGCCCCAUGGUGACUUUAUGCAAAUAAUAAAAAAAAAAAAAAAAAAAUAUGCUAUGAAACAUGAAAUAGUUUACAGCGAAGCUCUGGCAGGUCAUGUUUGUUUGGUCCAGUCCCGAGUUUUGUUCGAGUAGGGAGCUAGUUGAGUACCUAGGUUCCACCAUACUUAUUGUUACAUUAUUUUUAAUGUAAUUCAUUAUUUUCUGCUUCCAUUAUUAUUUUUACUAUACAUACUUGUAUUAUUAUUAUUAUUAGCAUUAUUAAUUAUUAUUACAUUCACAACAAAGCACUAAAUGCAUAUGGGCUAUACAGUGCUAAGUUUUACUUCAAAGAAAAAUUAAAAAUAUAUACAGUGGACCCCCGCAUAACGAUCACCUCCCAAUGCGACCAAUUAUGUAAGUGUAUUUAUGUAAGUGCGUUUGUACAUGUAUGUUUGGGGGUCUGAAAUGGAUUAAUCUACUUCUCAAUAUUCCUUAUGGGAACAAAUUCGGUCAGUACUGGCACCUGAACAUACUUCUGGAAUGAAAAAAUAUCGUUAACCGGGGGUCCACUGUAUAUAAUUUUCAAAAGAUUAGAUUUAUUGUGGAUCUUUGUCAUUGUGUUUCGUAUGAGAGGCUGAGUGAAUGAAAACUGUCUGACAAAUCAGCUUACUGUGUUUAAUGAUGAAAUAUUUCUUGAAAUAUUAUAUGUAUUGUGUUAUGUAUACCAAUUUAUAAUUUUCUUGUGCAAUAUUAUUGACUAGUUAUGGUUCUUGCAUACAGCUGUAUGUAUACCCUGUGCAAUAAAGGAAUAGGAGAUUGAGUCAGUGAAACAUUUUCUGCUGUUGGAUCAUGAAAGAGGACUACAUUUGAAAUUAUCAUUUCUAGUUUUGCCUUAUACCUCCCUCCCCCCCAAUAAGAUUUAAUGUUUUGUUAAUGCCCACAGCAACCUCACUAGCAUUCCCUGCUGGUCUUUACACUUGUGAUACAUAGACUUAAGGCAUGGUACUCAUCAAGAGAUUUCUUGGUGUGAAGGGCUCUUGAUCCAAGGAUUUGAAACUGUCCUGUUCCUUGGAUCAAAUCUAAUUGCUUCCAUUUCCCAGAUAGGACAAGUUCACUUAACAAGUUAGUUAUCACCCAGCUCUUGCCCUGUUAAUGCCUAACUUUUUGUGAUGGAUUAUUUUCUUGAUGGCUCUACCCCACACCAGUUUUGCAGAUACAGUAUUUGUGCCUGUAUUCACUUGAUAUUCCUCGCCUCCUCCUGAGGAUAACAAUUUAGCAUGCAUUAUCCAUCCAACUUGUAGCACAGAUGGUCCUCAUGUUAAAUGUCUACCAUCUGACACUGACUCUUCUGGAGAGAGCCCUCUGCUAGCCCCUUUUGGGGUAGCUCCUUGUCCAUGCCUCUGGGCCCAUUCCUCAUGUACAUACUAUGUUACCUUUUUGCCUUGCACACCUAGAUAUUUUAUUUAGGGGAAGCGCUCAACAAAUAUAUGUCAUAAUGCCUGGGAAAAUGGGAGGCAGUUGCAUUCGAUCCAAGAAAUGGAUGGACAUGUUCAAUUACACCAAGAGCCCCUUCUCAGCAUCAAGUAUCCUUUCUUGAGGGGACCUAGAUAUAAAGUUUAGCAAUUUCUUUGGUUUAAAUUGCUAGUAUAUAUACUAAUGUUUGCUGAAUCGAGAAAUAUCAUAGAAACUACCAAGCUAAUGGGAGACUUGUGUAUUGUGUUGAAUCUGCAAAGAAUUGACAUUUGAUUCAAAUCACACCCAGUGAUGCUCCUAGACAAACACAGCCUUAAGUGAUGAAUGACACUAAUGAUUCGUGGUAAUCACUAACCCAGAAGGGUCAUUCACUGCUACUUUGCAGAGGUGAGAGAUGGUGAAGAAAAAGUAGUUGAGGUAAGGACAGAGGUGUCAAAGUUCAUGUAGUUAAUUAAAAUCACUUAUGAAAUGGGUACAUUUGUAAAUUACUUUUGUUGAAUAAGGCUUCACCAAUGUUUAUCCUUGUACAAACUCUUGUAGUUUAAGUAUAUAUUUUCAUACAAA